GGUGUAAUUAAGCGGUUAGUUAGUUGAGCCAACUUCUGUUGAGUGCUGCCUUUUGCUGAUCGAUCAACCAAUCUCAGCCGGCAUUUGAGGAGCCUUAGAACGCCUGCAAAGUUAUUUUAUUGGAAGGAUAGCUAGCCGGCUCGAUUUUUUGCCGAUAUCGAAAGAACUACAUAGUAUCGGUGUGCAGUACAAGCACAAGGGUGCGUGAACUUGAUCUUGACAGUGACUUUCGGCGGCAAAGUCAGGCAGGCGCGCGCGUUACGCACGAGAGAAGAUCACCGUCUCGAUCAGGUGCGAGUGAUCAUAAGUGUUAAAAUAAGUACUUACGCGUACGCGUUGAUUGUUGUGUAACCAGAAGUGGAUUUCAUUGACCGGCGCUAGAAAGAAAUUGUCGUGGAAAAUGUAUCGAUCGUGUUUUGCCGCAUUGUUGCUGGUCUUGAACGUCGGAAUCGGGUUAGCUGAACUAGAACCGAUCCUCAGCGUGUGCAAACGAUCUGAUGACAAACUGGAGCAGUGCGUCAUCGAAGUGAUCGACCGGAUACGGCCAAAUCUAGCCAGUGGAAGCUAUGGUUCGGAAAAGACUCACCCAUCCCUGGAACCGGUGGUGUUUGAGCAAAUCGGCAUUCAGCGGGGUCCAUCGUUUUCUGCCAACUUCUCGAACCUGAAUAUCUUCGGAUCGAGCAAGUUUAUCAUCAAAAAGAUCAAGAUCGAUCCAGUAUCAAAGAGGAUUAAUUCGAGUGUCAUACUUCCUCAGCUGGAUGUCAACGGAAAAUAUGGCAUCAACAUGAACAUCCUCGUUUUGAGAAUAUCCGGAAAGGGUGAUAUCAAAUGUCAACUGAAUGACUCCAAGGCGAUCGUCCGGAUGGAGUACUACUUCGAGCGGGUCGGGGACCAGGAGCUGAUGCGCUUCAAACCGAUCGAGGUCAAGCUGAAGUUCGACAAGGCCUUCUUCCAGCUGACGAACCUCUUCAACGGCGAUCCCACGUUGGAGCGGGUUGGCAACGAAGCCAUCAACCAAAAUCCACAGGUUCUGCUCGAUGAGAUUAAGCCAACCUUCGAGGAAAACCUCUCGCGCAAGUUCACCGAGUUGGCGAACAGUUUGGUCAGGGACGCUACGCCGAACGACAUUUUCCCCGAGUAAAGUGCGCUGCCCGGUUUUUGGAAUUUGAAAUGUGUAUUUAGCAUAAGCGCCGUUCGUUUGUAUGUGAGAGGAGAGGGUUUGAGAGAUGUGGGUCUUUGGGCCGGCUUUGAGCGUGGACUGAGCUAGUUGGAAUAGCAAAACUACUAGUUUUUUUUAAAAUCUAGAUCGUAAGUAGUGCGGAUGUGCUUGUAGGCUAGGUGUAAGCUAAGUGGCAUUAAUAAAAAUGUGU